CUUCAGGCGUGUGGUAGCUGUGAACACAUCAUUUUGCCGUGAAGUGAUCAGACGGAGGGAGAGAUCAGCCCAGACAUCACCGCGCAAACACACCACGCUUGUGAAUUUUUGCAUGUCAGGAGCAGAGGAUCCUGUCGCCGGUCAACGGCCGUUUUCCAUCUUGUAUUCAUAACGCACAAAUCAGCGGCAUGUGGAAUUGUAUCAGGAUUAGGAAUUGGCUCCCAAUCGCGUGCCUGCUGUUAACGAUAUGGACGAAGGUGUCCCAGUCCUCUGGCUAUUUUGAGCUGCAGCUGAUUGCUGUAGAAAAUGUAAACGGUGAGUUGUGGGACGGGGAGUGUUGCGACGGCACGCGGAACUCUCAAGACCAGCGCUGCGAACGGGACGAGUGCGAUACUUACUUUAAAGUGUGUCUGAAGGAGUACCAGUCUGAAGUCACCACCACUGGGCCAUGCACCUUUGGCUCUGGAUCUACUGACGUUCUCGGUGGAAAUAUACUUUCUUUUAAGACUGCAAAGAACGUCCCCAGCAAAACGAGCGAUGUGGGAAAGAUCAUCAUCCCCUUUUACUUCGCCUGGCCGCGAUCCUACACACUCAUCCUGGAAGCCUGGGACUGGGAUAACUCCACUCAGAACACCGGCGAGAAGAAUUUGAUCGAGCAACACAUUCACGCCAGCAUGAUGAAUCCUGGAGACCACUGGCAGUCCAUCCAGCACCCCGGCAUCAGGGCCCACAUUGAGUACCGCAUCCGGGUCAGAUGUGAUGAGAACUACUAUGGGAGUAAGUGCAACAAACAGUGCCGGCCAAGAGACGACUACUUUGGCCAUUACCGCUGCGAUCCAUCAGGAAAUAUUGUGUGUCUAGAAGGCUGGAUGGGAGAGGACUGCCGGACAGCAAUCUGUAAGCAGGGCUGUAAUCUGAUUCACGGAGGCUGUGAGGUGCCUGGAGAAUGCAAGUGCGGCUACGGCUGGCAGGGCCAGUUCUGUGACGAGUGUGUUCCGCACCCCGGCUGCUUGCACGGGACCUGUGUCAUGCCCUGGCAGUGCACUUGUGAGAAGAACUGGGGCGGCCUCCUCUGCAAUAAAGAUCUGAACUAUUGCGGCACGCACCAUCCCUGCGUCAACGGCGGGACCUGCAUGAACUCUGAACCGGAUGAAUAUAACUGUGCCUGUCCCGAAGGGUACUCAGGCAAAAACUGUGAAAAAGCUGAACAUGCAUGUGUUUCCAACCCCUGUGCGAACGGAGGCACGUGUCACGAGGUCACGAGCGGGUUUGAGUGCAAGUGUCCACCAGGCUGGGAGGGACCCACUUGUGCUAAAGACAUAGAUGAAUGUUCCUCCAGCCCGUGUGCAAAAGGCGGAACAUGUGUCGACCUGGAAAAUGGCUUUGAGUGUGUCUGCCCUCCUCAGUGGGUUGGGAAGACCUGUCAAAUCGAUGCAAAUGAAUGUAUGGGGAAGCCUUGUGUAAAUGCUCACUCUUGCAAAAACAUGAUUGGUGGAUAUCACUGUGACUGCUUUCAAGGAUGGGCUGGACAGAACUGUGACAUCAAUCUCAAUGGCUGCCAUGGACAGUGCCAGAAUGGAGCAACAUGCAAGGAGCUGGUUCAUGGAGGUUACCACUGUCAGUGUCCUCCAGGUUUUGUGGGCUUGCACUGUGAAGUCUCAAGGAACAAAUGUGCCAGUGGUCCUUGUCAAAACAACGGCCGCUGCCAUGUCAUUCUGGACAGCUUUGUUUGUGAAUGCCCGCCAAACUAUGCAGGGAUGCUCUGUGAGGUGGAGAGUCCAUCUCACCCAAACACCUGUGAACCAAACCCCUGUCAGAACAAGGCUGUGUGCUACAGCCUGCCAGGUGACUUCUACUGUGCCUGUCCAGAAGACUACCAGGGCAAGACCUGUGAAAACCGCAAGGACCGCUGCAAGACAACCCCUUGCCAAGUGAUUGACAGCUGUACGAUUGCUGUGGCGAGUAACAGCUCAGAUGGGGGUGUGAGACACAUCAACUCGAAUGUGUGUGGUCCUCAUGGCCGCUGUAUCAGCCAGCCGGGCGGCAACUUCACCUGCACCUGUGAGCGUGGCUUUACAGGAACAUACUGCCACGAGAAUGUAAACGACUGUGUGGGCAAUCCGUGUCGAAAUGGAGGCACCUGCAUCGAUGGGAUCAGCUCUUUCCAGUGCUUCUGUCCGGACGGCUGGGAGGGUGACCUCUGCGAGCUCAAUGUGAACGAGUGCAGUUGGAGCCCCUGUAAAAAUGGCGGCCACUGUGUGGACCUGGUCAAUGACUUCUACUGUGAAUGUGCCAAUGGCUGGAAAGGAAAGACCUGUCAUUCACGUGAAAAUCAAUGUGAUGCCACCACAUGCAGUAAUGGAGGGACCUGCUAUGACCACGGAGACACUUUCCGCUGCGCCUGCCCUCCUGGAUGGGGAGGAAGUACAUGCAACACAGCAAAGAACAGCACUUGUGCGUCCAGCCCCUGUCUGAAUGGAGGAACAUGCGUGGGUGGUGGUGACACGUUUACCUGCAUCUGUAAAGACGGCUGGGAGGGGCCCACCUGCGCUCAGAACAUCAACGACUGCAACCCUCACCCCUGCUACAAUGGAGGAAUCUGCGUGGAUGGGGUGAACUGGUUCCGCUGUGAAUGCGCCCCUGGAUUCGCUGGACCCGACUGUCGUAUCAACAUUGAUGAGUGCCAGUCGUCACCCUGCGCAUACGGUGCCACCUGUGUGGAUGAGAUCAAUGGCUUCCGAUGUGUCUGCCCACUCGGUCGCACCGGACCUCAGUGCCAAGAGUUCAUUGGCAUUGGGAAGACGUGUCACUAUGCUGGACUUCAGUUCCCGCAUGGCAGCCGCUGGGAGGAAGAAUGCAACACUUGUCAAUGUGUCAACGGCAAAGUGGAGUGCACCAAGGUGGUGUGUGGCCGGCGGCCGUGCCUGUUGCCAGGGACACCAGGGCGAGAGCUUCACUCCUGUUCAGGAGGUCGUGAAUGCCUGGAGCACAACUUCCUGACGUGCCUCUCUCCCCCUUGCCACCAGUGGGGGUUUUGUUCAAGCCCUGAUGCCUCCCCAACCCUCCAAACAAAAUGUGAGCCCAACUCAGUCUAUCUGGACAAGAGCUGUGCUCGCAUCACCCUUAUAUUCAACAGGGACAAAUUACCCACAGGAACGACAGUGGAGAACGUCUGCUCAGAGCUGAGGUAUUUGCCUGCCACGCGGAGUCUGGCGAAAGAUCACACGCUGUUGGUUCUUUGUGACCUCUCCUACAAAAACCAAGAUGCAGUAGAGGUGGCCAUCUCAUUCCAGCAGGACGAGCAGCCUAACCACAGUCGGAUCCAGGAGGCAGCUAGUACCAUAGUCAGCACGCUGUCCAAGCGGCACAACAGCACCGUCAUGCUUGCCGUCAUCGAGGUCAAAGUGGAAAUGCCAGUUACGUCCCAGCCAGUGGACUACCUGGUGCCCGUGUUGUGCGUCAUCCUGUGCAUACUCUGGGUCUUCUGCGUCAUCGUCUGUGUGUGGUGGACCCGUAAGCGGCGAAAAGAGCGCGAGAGGCGGGAGCGCGUGCCCAUGGAGGAGAGCGUCAACAACCAGUGGGAACCACUGAGGCCUGUGACCCGGCCGCAGCACAAGGACAACCGGGACGCACAGUACGAGCGCACCAAGCUCAUGGGCUCCCCAGAUCGGACCUGCACAAGCGGGGACGACGAGGAGGAGAUGGAGGAGGAAGAGCUGGAGCUGGUGGAAGAGGGGGGCAAGCUUCCAAUUCAAAAGUACUCUAAACCUGCAGCGCGGGCCAAGAACGGGCUGAUCUGCACCAUGCGGAGCAGCGGCAACAGCAGCCCUACCCUCAAAGCACCCUACUGGACAGGCUUCAGCCCAAAGGACAACAACUGUAAAAAUGUCAAUAACGCCACCACCGGCCAAGAGCACAAAGAACACUGCGUAUGAGCUCCAACGAGCAGGACAAGGAGACCAAGGCCAUCUCAGAAACAAAGACUGAGUUUUUCCCAUGUGUUAUUUUUAUUUUUGACUUCUUUUGAGGCUGAUAAAGUGGCAAAUUUCUUUUGUUCCUUUUUUUAUGUACAGAGGAAACAAAUUCUAUUUCUUUAUAAGGAGGCAGUGACAAGCCUAGCUUUGUUUUUGGAGAAAAAAAAAACUGCUGGAUUAGGAGCAGGUCUAAGGAACUCGUAAGAGAAACCGUAUAAAGACUUUUACGUUGUUGUUUACAAAUGGUUGUGCUUUUGGUUUUGUUUCGAGUGGCCCAAUUUCGGUGCAGACCACGUGCGGGUGGUGGGGGACGCUGGCUUCGGGGGAUCCCCCUUCAACCGUUCAUCUGUUCUCCUUCCACGCCUGCCUUACGAGCUCGUCGUCCGUGAGGAGGGCUACAGUGCCUAUAAAGUGGCCUUGUUUUUUCUGUCCUUUCUGUCGUCUUGGCUGAACGCUCUUUAAAAAACGGAUUGCAGUAUUUUGAGUCGGUCGCAAGUGCCUUCGGACAAGCCCCUCGGUUUCAGGGUCUCCUGACCCGAUAGAUCACAACAAAGAGGAGAGGCUGGUCUUAAGAGCAGCUCCCAUAUCACCAUCAAGGUAUUCAACAAAGACAAGAGAUCUGUAAAUAUGUGUAUAUAAUAAAGGAGUCGCUGUGUAUAUUUGAAUUUAGUAACUUAAGUAACUUUUUUUUUAUUAUUAUAAUUAUGAUUUAAAUAUUAUGAUUAUUAUUGUUUUUUCUUUCUUUUUUUUUUUUACACCAUUCCUUUUAUUUAUGCCAGUUGAUAUGGCAGGUUUUGUAAGAUGUAUACAGCGUCCCACAGUCAGAACAAAAAUAUAAUCAGAGAUCAUCCUAUUAUGUUGUUGGUUUUGUUUUCACUAGACACCUAUACGAUCGUGUGCUGUAUUGUGGCGUGUGUGUUCGCCUCCUUAAAGACCCUUAUUCCCUUUCCACACCUGUCCUUUCUUGCUGAUCAUAAAACCAUGCUGCUUGUUUCUUGUAAAGAUUCUGAUAUAUCAAAAUGAUGUUUUCUCCUUCUUUUUCGUUUUUUUUUUUUUUUUUUUUUGGUUGGAUUGAAACUUCAUGAAGGGAACAAUUAUGUUGUAAAGCAUUUGUACUCGAGGUACCAGCUCAAAGAAAUGGAUUACCUCAGAAACCUCUGGCUAUGAUUUGAUUUCUUUCAUCAUGAUGUUAAAGAUUUAUUUUUUUUGCUUAUGAGAAGAUGAGAAACGUUUAAACGUUUCCUGAACAAUUGGUUCACGAUCAAAUGCAAGUAAACACGUAUAAAUAAGCAAGGUGAAGCUCAAUGUCCGUUAUGGAAGGGAAACGGGGUGGAGCUGGAGGAGAGUUUUUUGUUUUGCUUUGUUUUUUAAGCUGUAAUUUUAUUAUUAUAUAUAUUUUUUUUGUACAGAAAAAUUGCUCUGAAAAGAAGUUAUUUGGUUCAUUUAGUGGAAUUUAUGUUUGUUCUUAGAAAUAAAUCAAACUAUUUAUUAAAGCAUUUUAUAACAAUGUGCUCAAGAAAA